AUGUAUAUAGAUGACGGUGAUGCUAGGCGGUUAGAAGCUGCUAAAUUUAAUUAUUUAAAAAAUAGCAUACUUAAGGAAAUUACUUGCUUUUUAGAAAGAGUUAAUCCUUUUAUUAAAGAUUUUAGACGCCUCGCUUUGGAGCCAAGUGAAAAGGCUCAUUUGGUUUUCGAAUGUACAACGAGACGUCGGGCUGGUCCGAUAUUGGGUGAACAACCUCAGUCGACUGAGGUGGCGGCUGUAAUCAGUCUAAUAGACGAACCCAACGAUCCGAGACAGAUAUGUAUAUGGAAAAACGGAGAAGGUAAAAGACAACUAAAUGUGUUUCAUCCCAUAAUGGAACCCUUCCAGUAUCCUCUGCUGUAUCCGAGAGGUGAAUUAGGUUGGACAAUCAACAUGAAGGACAACCAAGGUGGUAAACUAAGUCAACUUAAAUACAUAAGGUGCCUUCUAUUGUCUCAGGAAAGGUUUACAGCUUUCAAUAAAUUAUCUGAGACUUGGUGUCAACAGAACCCAACAACGGCUGCGAUGCGCAUGGCUACUGCGGCCGAGGUGAUUGACGCCAAUGAAUUGAAUAAGCAACGCCAAGAAGUGCGUCAAAACGCACAAGAUGACGAAACAAUUCGAGGUGAAGGUUUCGUAGCAGGUAGAAUAUAUUUGCCUUGUUCAUUCACAGGUGGACCUAGAUAUAUGAAGAUAAAGUACAUGAACGCGAUGACGUUGGUUGAAAGAUUAGACAAGGCUUUGAGGAGAACGCCAUUCAAACUUCUACCUCCAAAUUACUUUUAUACUUUGCUCGACCCGUCGAUCAAUUGGAGGAAUUGA